AUGGGUCAGGGUAGAGAAGGCCCCUAUAUCGGAUGCUGGACCCAUCUACCCUUUGUCUACGGAUCCCACUAUCAUAAGGGGGAACACCGAUGUGUGCAGCAUAAUCUCUGCACCUGGGAUGAGCGUCUUAAGAAGCAGGUCGAUGGUGAUGCCAUGGAGUCUUGGUUUAUGGCGAUGCCGAUGCCGAAAAGGCACAAAGGUUGGGUCUUUAUCGAUCGUCUGGCCAAUAUCCGUGCCAUCUAUAUUCCCGUCGCACACCAAGCCUCGGAGGACCAUCCCGAGCUCUGUACAUUCCAGCAUGUUAAUUUUGCGGCUGCGGAUGCAACAAUCAAUAUGCUUCACCAUACCGGGAACCCCAAGAAGCCGAAUGUAUACUGGAAGAAUGUGACGUUCAGUGAAAUGCACGGCUUGCAGGAUUGGAACAAUCUGACCCUGGGGAUCAACAUCAAUGGGCUGGUCAACCUCCUGUCGCUUCCACGUCAGUUGCGUGCUCAAAAUGCCUUCACCUCGAAGAAUAUCAUUAUGCUGGAGGCAAAGAUGGUCGCAUCCCCUAAGGUCGAGCAGACCUUCAUGGAUCAUGCGGACUUUGACUGGGCUCAGAUCGCCAGAGCCAACUUUGGCCUCAGUAUUCAGAAACCUGCUCCCCAGAAGCCCGAUUGGCUGAAGAACUUCUUGAAGAACUCUAUGACCGUCGCCGUCGGAUUUCUGCCGGGAGUCGGAUCCAUUACUGCGAUUGCCUUUCCGCUAGCCUGGGUGGCAAUCGCAGAUCCAGAUUCGUUCGUGGAAACGCUUAGAAACCUGCUUCCUGGAAUAGACCUCGAAUUAAAGAUAAUUGAAGCCAUUCAGGAUAGUACCAAAGAGUCCCGCGAAUAUCUUCCCGAUGGAUGGGAAGAUAAUAUCAAAGGUUCCAAAUUCCUGGCCAUUAGGCCGCCUAGUGCGGUGCAUGCUAAAGCUGCUUUGACCUCUGAUGCCCCGAAGAGCGUGGAAGUCGACGAUCUUGACACCGAGACGCUUAUAAACAAUGAGCUCAAAUCUCUCGCUGGAUGUUCGGUAGACUUCAAGGCCCUAAUUCCCGAUGCUGGCAGACAAGAAGACCAAAUCGUGAUUCUGGAAGCUGAGACGGAUGGCACAGGGGGUGUUGACCAUGAAGCAGAAAACCGCCUUGAUGAUGAAAUUGAUGACCAGGGAGUUCCUGAUCAAGUCACUUUGGACGAGCUUGAGACUGGCUUGCGAGGCACAGGAGAUGAAAAUUCCUUUUGUUCAAGUUUUUGA